UUGAACCUUGAUCCUCCUGAUCUCUGCCUCCUAAGUAGCUAGGAUUACAGGUGUGAGCCACCAGCACCUGGCUUGGUUUUAUCUUGAUAAUAUCAACUUAGCAAGUGCCACAAAGAAGCCAGGCUGUUGUCACAGGUGUGUUGCAAUCCUUGUUUCUCAGGGAUGAGUGCGCUGAAGAUCUUUUAUUGAGUUCAUUAUAGGGAGAUUCCAGAGUCACAUACAAUAUGUAAUAAUUUCUUAAGUGAGGGUUCUACCCUGACGACUUUAGUUUUUCUCAUAUUUGUGGAGUGACAUAUAUGGCUGUAUAAAGAUAAUUUAAAACUGCCUGAAACCAAAGAGCCAGCCAAGGAUUUAUCAGAUUUUAGGGUCCAUUAAUCUUUUCUUCAACCAAGUUCCAAGACAAGAAGAGGAAUUGUGGGGGGGUUGUUUGUUUUUGUUUGUUUCCAGAUUUGACCUGAAGUCCAGGUUCCUAUCAUGUUAUUUCUUCUGAAAGCAAAGUGUUUUCUCCAUGAACCCACGGCAUCAUAUCAAUCCUAUAGCAUUAUCCUCAUUUUUCAGGUGAAGUAUGUUAGGGUCAGAAGUCAAAAUUAGACUGCUUUUGUUUUUGGGUUCUGGUGGUUGAGGGCUUUCUUAGUCCAGGAAUAAGGUGCACUCAGUGACCUCUCAUUAUCAUUACUGUUUUUUCAUAUUAAUUUUUUCCUCAUAUUAAGGCAAAAAUAUGUCCCUACUCUGCCUGCUCCCCACUCGUGUCACCUUCUGUGUAUUAAGUUCUACAUUAUAGCCGUUGUGGGUAUGGGUAGUGUUUUGCAAGGCUGCAGAGGAAGACCUGUCAGCUGACACUUGCUCAUAUGAGAGCCAUUAAGAGGGUGAUGUGGCCAAUGUUAGAACAACCUUGCAUCUAAGGGCAAGUCACUGCAUUUGCCCAGAGCCAUAUGAACAGGUCUUGUGACCAUUGAAUUGAUGACUACAUAAUCUCCAGCUGGAGAGCACAGAUGGAGUGAGUCAGUCCCAGCUGCUCAACCUGUUGAGUGUUUGGUCUUUUGCUAACUAGAGGACAGGCUUAGGAGCAAAAGUAGGAAGUGGGAUUUGUACUUGUCUGCUGAGAGCAUGUUUUAUAACCUGGUAGAUUUCAUCUUACUUCCAAAAUCAUCUGUGGGUUUCAUUUACAUAAUGAAUGGAUGUUCCUUUCUUUCUUUUUUUUUUCUUUUAAGCUUCUAAAAGAGGAAAUUAGUAGGCUGUUGCCAAGUAGCUUGUCUCACUGUAUAGAGAAUGAAAUGAUCGCUUAGAACUGCUGGUCACAGUGGAAUAUCCUUCAAAUAGCAAAGAAACUUCAAGACUCAUGCCCAAGUCCACAUCGAUGGUCAGAAUAAACCGGAAGAACAUUAAACCAUUCAGGAGAUGUGUGGCGGCACAGCGAAAACCACAGCCUGGCCAGGAGGCUGGCAAGGUUCAGCCAGAUGUGUGAAUGAUGCUGUUUCUGGUGCUGGGAGGAUUUACAAGACGCUUUUAUGUACAAAGAAAAUCCAGAAGUGUGCCGAGGUAGGAAAGGGCACUGAUCACACGGAAUUCGACAACAGUUGGUCGUGUUCGGAGUUUGACCUGAGUGAGAUUCGCCUAAUAGUGUACCAAGACUGUGAGAGGAGAGGCAGACAAGUCUUGUUUGAUUCCAGAGCUGUUCAAAAGAUGGAAGAGGUGGCAGCACAGAAAGCAGAGGAUGUCCCUGUUAAACUGUCAGCCAAGUGCUGCCAAGGAGGUGGUGGCAGCAGCAGCAGCAGCAGCAGCAUAUCUUCCCACAGUUCUUGUGGAGGGUCCUUGCAACAUGCUAAGGAGCAGCUUCCAAAGUAUCAGUAUACAAGACCAGCUUCUGAUGUCAACAUGCUAGGGGAAAUGAUGUUUGGUUCAGUUGCAAUGAGCUACAAAGGCUCCACCUUAAAGAUACACUAUAUACGUUCUCCUCCACAGCUGAUGAUUAGUAAAGUCUUCUCUGCUAGAAUGGGCAGCUUCUGUGGAAGUACAAAUAACUUGCAGGACAGCUUUGAAUACAUCAACCAAGAUCCUCAUGUGGGAAAACUGAACACAAAUCAGCAUAGUUUGGGUCCUUGUCGUACUGGGAGUAACCUAGGUCUGCUACAGGCAUGCAGCAGCAAACUGCUGCAGGGGGUGGCUGAAGGAGGACCUCUCCGGCUCACCCGGAGUGCUUCUUUCUUUGCAGCACACAGCACACCAGUUGAUAUGCCGAGCAGAGGACAGAAUGAAGACAGGGAUAGUGGCAUUGCCCGAUCAGCCUCACUAAGCAGCCUUUUGAUCACACCUUUCCCAUCUCCAAGUUCCUCUACAUCCUCUUCCAGCAGUUAUCAGCGCCGCUGGCUUCGAAGUCAGACAACAAGUUUGGAAAAUGGCAUCAUUCCAAGGAGGUCAACCGAUGAGACAUUCAGCUUGGCUGAAGAAACCUGUAGUUCUAAUCCAGCCAUGGUUAGGAGGAAGAAAAUUGCUAUCAGCAUCAUCUUUUCCCUGUGUGAGAAAGAAGAGGCACAACGGGACUUCCAGGACUUCUUUUUUUCUCAUUUCCCCCUGUUUGAAUCUCACAUGAACAGGCUGAAGAGUGCAAUUGAAAAGGCCAUGAUCUCCUGUAGGAAGAUAGCAGAAUCAAGUCUCCGCGUCCAGUUUUAUGUCAGCCGUCUGAUGGAAGCGCUGGGAGAAUUCAGAGGGACUAUCUGGAGCUUAUAUUCUGUUCCAAGGAUAGCUGAACCAGUGUGGCUUACCAUGAUGUCAAGCACCUUGGAAAAAACCCAGCUCUGCCAACGCUUUCUCAAGGAAUUUACGCUUCUGAUAGAACAAAUCAACAAAAACCAGUUUUUUGCUGCCUUGCUGACUGCUGUGUUAACCUACCACCUGGCCUGGGUCCCGACUGUCAUGCCUGUUGACCACCCUCCCCUUAAAGCCUUCUCAGAAAAGCGCACCUCGCAGUCAGUGAACAUGCUGGCCAAGACACAUCCAUAUAACCCUCUCUGGGCACAGCUGGGUGACCUUUAUGGAGCCAUAGGCUCUCCAGUAAGACUGACUCGCACCGUGGUGAUCGGGAAGCAGAAGGAUUUGGUCCAGCGCAUUCUUUAUGUCCUGACCUACUUUCUCCGUUGCUCUGAGCUGCAAGAGAACCAGCUGACCUGGAGUGGCAACCACAGUGAAGGUGACCAAGUUAUAAAUGGCAAGAUCGUGACAGCCUUGGAGAAAGGAGAGGUGGAGGAGUCCGAGUAUGUGGUAGUUACAGUAAGAAAUGAGCCUGCUCUCGUACCACCCGUCCUACCACCAGCAAUGGCUGAGAGGAGCCCCGGACUCACAGGGUUAGCUGGGACCCCAGAGGACACCGACCCUAGAGACCUGGGUCCCAGUCCUGACAGAGAAGGAAGCAAGAGGCCAGAGCAGAGUUUUGAGGCUCAUAGUAUGGGAUUCCAAGAGCCAGCACUAGACAGAUUUUGGAAACCUCAAAGCACAUUUUGCAGGGAUGAAGAGAAUGAACAAGAGGCACCACCAGAUGGCUCUUCAAGAUUUCCCAGCUGUGAGCUUCCUGGGGCAGGAAUGAAGCUCCAUCAAGAAACUGUCCAUGAGGAGUUGAAAGGGGAGAUGCUGAAGAAAUUACCAGACCGGUCAGCGGCCUGGCCCUGCCCUAACAGACCUUCCCGGGAGGAGCCAGCUGUGGAAAGGGUCACUUUUCAAAUUGGAAGCUCUGUGUCUCCAGAGUCUGACUUUGAAAGCCGCACCAAAAAAAUGGAGGAACGGCUAAAGGCCUGUGGACAAUACCCAGAGGGAACCAGUGCCUUGGCUGAGUCUAGCAUGGCCACAAGUGUGGCUCUAGACCAACAAGGCGCUAGGUGCUCCUUCAAAGCUGACUUUCAAAAGAAUGUUGGCCUUCCUGAGUGCCACCGGUCUUCUGAGGGGGAGGAAGGCGAAUCUGACCGAGGUUUUGCUGAGGACAGAGGCAUCAGAGCCAGCACCAUGGCAGAUGCUGCAGGGCAGCUCAGCCAAGCUCUUGACCCCCUUGUACUUUCUGAUGGUGUACAGGGAACUGGCAGGAGACUGCUAGAGCAAACUAGAGGUUUGUACUUGAAAAGCAAGGAAGGACCUUCAACAAAGCCCAUUCCAAACAGGUGUGGACAGCAGGACUCUAGCCUCCUGGCUGCUGCAGAUGUCCCCUGUGGGGAUGUAGACAAGAAGGCUGACUUUAGGAUGGAAGGAGACAUUCCCAGAAAUGAAAGCUCGGAUAGUGCUCUUGGAGACAGUGAUGACGAAGCAUGUGCUUCAGCCAUGCUAGACCUAGGUCACAGCAGUGACAGGACUGAAGGGUCCUUGGAAGUGGAGUUGCCUCUGCCAAGGUCUCAGAGCAUCAGCAACCCAAAUGUAAGAAACUUUGGCCGCUCGCUUCUGGCAGGUUACUGCCCCACAUACAUGCCUGAUCUGGUGCUUCAUGGGACCAGCAGCGAUGAGAGGCUGAAGCAGUGCCUGAUGGCUGAUCUAGUCCACACAGUGCAUCAUCCAGUGCUGGAUGAGCCAAUCGCCGAGGCCGUCUGUAUUAUCGCAGACACAGACAAGUGGAGCGUCCAGGUGGCCACAAGUCAGAGGAAGGCGAUAGACAGCACGAAGCUGGGCCAGGAUGUCUUGGUCUCUAGUCAGGUGUCCAGUUUACUUCAGUCUAUUUCACAGCUUUACAAGCUUCACCUCCCAGCUGAUUUCUGUGUCAUGCAUCUUGAAGACAGACUACAGGAGAUGUACCUUAAGAGUAAAAUGCUGUCUGAGUAUCUUCGGGGUCACACUCGAGUGCAUGUGAAAGAGCUGGGCGUGGUUCUGGGGAUUGAAUCCAACGACCUGCCUCUGUUGACUGCUAUUGCCAGUACACAUUCUCCUUACGUGGCUCAAAUACUCUUGUAAGCUAAUGCUCAGGGCAGUUCUUGGAACGAGAAGAACAGUUCUCAAGAGAAGAGGAAAGGAGCAUGCUCUGGGUGACGCCAAAAGCAGAAGAGACACGGACACAGUCAUUCCACCAUUAGUUGUGCAUCGUUGCUGCAGUGGAAAGCUUAGGUUUAUGGGGCAUGAUGGCAUUUGUGGUUUUCAGGAACACUUUGGGCCUUUUGUUACCCACGAGUCAACAGGAGUGACCUUUCUGAAGUAGGAAACAUAAGCACUAAGCUAAACACUAAACAGUUGGUACAAAUGGCCUUAUGCUUGGGGACAGAAUGAUGACAAGUAACUUUGGAGGAGGGGCAAACAAUGUACAUAACAUUCCAGUGGGGAAAUGUUCCAAGAUGUAAGCAUGAUGCUGCAAACUGCAGAGAGCAUAGUAUGCUGUCCUAAGAUAGGCAGAACAAGAAUUUUGGAUUCCAGGGUCAAGUUUGCUUUGUACAAAAGGUGACAUGAAGAAAGCCACAUUGCGCCAUUGUCAGCUCUAUGCUGGAGCAGCUACUGUUUGAUAUACGAUAGGAAAGGGGGGCGCCUAUUGGGACGAGAGUGCUUUGGGGACCCAGUGGUCUCACUUCUCAGAGUUUACGUUGUGUCAGAUCAGCCACAGGUGGGUGAGAUGGACUGCAAUAAACCCAAGAGCCCAUGUAGCACCCUCAUCCUGUGCAGCGUAGUUUGUAAGGGCAGUGUGUGCAGUCUGACCCCUCUCCAGCCUUUCCACAAGAGGCCAUUUGCCAAAGUUACUUCUAUAAGCUCAAGAGUGUUUCUGUUGGUAAGUUCUUCCAGCCAGAGCCACUUCUUCCUAGAGUAGUUAAUACAAAUGACUAUUUAUGCUUUAAAAGGUGCAGCUGUCCCAGUGGGAAGUGAAACCUGCAACAGUUCAGGGUGAGUAAUGAAGCAGCUAGGUGGUACAGGGAGAAGCAAUCUGUGUACAGUCCCAGCUUUCACAUUGGCAGCUCUGUACCUUACAAUCCCUUUAAGAGCCUUUUCAAAAUGUCUUUCCAGAAAUUAACUUGGCCAAAGUGAAAAAUGAUUAGUCUAGUUCACUUUAAAAAAAGAAAAACCUUGAGUUUUCUGUUACUACAAAAGACGCUUAGUUUGCUGACCAUGAACUAUACUGUCCUAACUUCAAGGGUAAAGUUAGACUAUAAAAAAUAAAAAUUGAUCGUUCAGGGAGGGGCUGACAUAGAAAAGCUGAGCACAGCAGCCUUCAGUCCUUUCUUCACAGAAUGAGGCCUCUCUUCCAGGAGGCGAAGUGGCGCCAGGUUUUACACUGGAUCAAAUCCCCAAUCCUACCUACACGGCACACGUUUGUCUCUGUUCUUUACAAAUGCAGUUAAUUGUUUGAGAGCAUACACCAACUGUACCAAUGGGGACAGGUGGCCAUAUUGUUUCUUAGGAACAGAUCAGAAAUACUACCUUCCCCUCUCUCUUUUUAUGUGAUGCAAGAGUACAUGAUCUUUAAUUUUCAUUUUUGUUUUUUCUUUCACAAAAUUGAAGUUUUCCAUUCUUUUUACUAUUACUCCGUUCCUGUUGCCUAACAAUUGGGUUUGGUUCCAUGACUUCGCUGUGUGCUGUUACCCAUCUGUGGCUCUGCCCACCCUGCCUCGCUUUCCCUCAAGUGUGAAUAAACUGUCAAAGCUGACGUUACAGCUUUCACAGCUGUCCCCUCUGCGCCAGCUUAAAGCAUUCCCCUCCUGCGGCAACCCUUUCCUUGUUUACGCGUUGUGGUUGCCUCAGUCACCACCUUCCAGGCUUUCAGAGAAAAAUCAGUCCACACAAAAUCAGUUCCCAUCCAGAGAGACUGAGCUGCAAGAGUUUCGGCUCCAUAUGUAAAAACUUAGCCCCGCCCCCAAGGCCCGAUAUUUUAAUUUGCCUCAUUCUGGUGUUCCAAAACUCGUCAGAAAAACGUGUGUUGGGAGACUAGAGGUGGGUCACAUGUGGCAGUUGUCUCAGUGACACUCAGGACUCCGGUCAGAGCCUAAUCCUAAGUCUGUUGAAACAAACCACGAACGUGCUACUCUUGAUAAGCCUCCCUGAAAUACUGAACAUUCAAGUUUUCUUUAACUUACAUUCACCUUCUUCCCAAAAGAGAAAAAGAAGAAAAACCUCAUGGAUUUCUGUUGCGAUAACACCCACUCACACACCACCCAGUGGCUUCCUUCUGUCACCACAAAGAGUCAAGAAAGGGAUCCCACCCUUUCCCAUGCCCACCUCAAGAAAAAAAAAAAAUUAAUGAAGAAAGAAAUCUACCUCAGUUGACAGGAUUCCACCUUUAGGGUGUCUUCAACUUCGUCUUACCUGUUGAGUGCAACUUUUCUAAGCGAGCUCGCAAGGCGUGACAGCAGAAGUGUGUGGCUGUGCCUGUGGUACGCUCUUUCUAGCAUGUUGCAGCUUUAUUUUUAAUAAAUCCAUAGGUGAUAUGAAUGUAAAGGUAACUGUGUAUGUUUUAAACAUGACAAUGAAAAUUCAAAAUGUAGCUUCCAUACUUGUGCAUAAUUCCAAAGUAUUUUAUUUUUAUCAGUGUUAAAUAGCUUUUUGUACAGGCUUCAGUCCAUUUUUCUGAAGUGUGCUGUUUUUUAAUGAAAAAUAACGAUAAUCUUUUCACAGCCCAUGGAACUGCCGUUUACACAUUGCAACUUUUUAAACUUACCAUAUUUUUCAGAAUAGCUUUUUUGGAGGGAGGAAAUUCCCCACUUGCUAAAAGAUACUGAACUGCUCUUUGGGCUCUUACAAUUAGGUCCUCGAUUUUAUAUAAACUUAGUCCGUAGCUUUUCAGGUUCCUCACUAGAGUUGGUUGUACAUACAGAAUAUAAAUGAUCCUCAGAUUCUUUUAAAAAACGUCUGCAUUUUUCCACUAAUACGAACUUUGGGGAAAUACUGUUCAUGCAUACUUUCACCAUUGAAUUGAGAGAGUCUUCAGCUUCUCCUGGUUAAUGUGAACCCUUUGUUUUUGUUAUACUUGGGGAGAGGGUAUAGUAAGACAAUUGUUGCCUAAGUCAAGCAGCCACCUCUGAAUGUUAACUUUUAAAUGUCAAAAUUUGCUAAACCAUAUAUCUGGGAAGUAAGAUUGCAAUAAGCUUAAAUUUAGGUGGUGAUUUAAAAAGGAGAAGAUUCUGGGAUUUGUUAUAUUGAAACUCUAUUAAGAGAAAUUGGUAAUACUUUAUGUAUUUGAUCAGCUACCAAUGACAAUGUGUGGAAAUUUUUUCUUAAAACUUGUUCAUGUAUUAUUUUGGUCCAUUUCUCUGUGGCAUUUGGUGCAAUAAACCUUUUGGAUUUAUCUUGAACAUUUUACUGAUGCUGGAUAAGAUUGUUACAUUUAAUCAAAUGUGGUCUCAAAAUAAUUCAUAGAAAGUAUAGAGCAUUAUUUAUGUUAGUGAUUUUCAACAGGGGUAUUUUAGAAGCAGGGCACAUUUUUGGUUAGCGCACUGUCAGGGUGGGGACUGGGGAUGACUAGAGAUCUCUCCUGUGAUACAUGGAACGGUCCCAGGGCCAGCUCCUGUGUGACCUUUCAAUGUCCCAUUGGGCAUUCAUGGGGAUGACAAGCCUGUUUCACCUUUCUGAGCUGAGAACCGAGUUCUGGUUUACAUACAAAGCACCCUUGUAUGUGAUUUUAGAACAUGCUGGAUCUUCCAGGAGUGCAGCUGUUGUCUACAUUCAGGCAAAACUUGCCCUAACAAAGCUGGUCACUUAGUCUUCACCAAGCUUUGACAUGCUUUGGAAAACUGUACCCCCAACUGCUUCAGUCCUCAUGGAGCCACUGGUGCAGUCAUGUCCAUCUGUCUGUCUGUCCUUACCUGUGGCCGCUGCCUCCAUGGAGCAUCUAUACAGAUGUAGGCAUCAGCCUGUUUUGUUCUAUUUCUACACUGGUGCUCCAAAUUGCAUAUUAAAGAAUGUACCUUUUAAAUAGUACAUCUAGGGGAUUAUAUUGCUUUGUUAUAAAUUGUGCACUGAAGUUAGAUUACUACUUACGUUCGUUAUGAAAAGGGAUGAGUUAAUCUCAGGAAAAAAUAUGUCAUUAGGUAUAACUCUUGUACCAACAGAACACCAUACUGAGUUAUGUUGUCACGGGUAAGUUAAAUAACACUAGCAGAAUGACUCGAGGUAGAGCACCUGCCUAGAAGUUCCAGGUAUUUCUAGAUUAAAUGAAAAUUUCAGGUGUUUUCCCUAUACCUGGAAGCAGUGUUAAAAUCGUAACAUUGCUAAAGGUCUUAAACACACAUGUGCAUACAACAUUCCACAGGCUAGAUGGUUCUGUGAAGGUAUUUUUUGGACGAGAUUACUAUUUGUCAGUAGACUGUGAAAAGCAGAUUACCCUCUAUAAGUGGGUGGGCCUCAUCUGAUCAGUUGAAGGACCUAGGAGAGAAAAGACAGGUCCCCCAGGAAAAAGGAAUUCUGCCUUCAGAUCCAAACUGCAACCUUGACUCUUCCUGUCUCUCCAGCCUGCUGGCUAGCCCUGCAGAUUUUAAAUUCUCCAGUUCCCUAAAGGAAACGUCUCUCUCCCUUGCUCCAAAUACACUACACAGUGCAGUUAAGUCAAGGGUUGAAAUGCAAGGCAUACAGUCUGAAUGUGUGUUGCAAAGAAGACAUGAAAAAUGAGAAUAAAAGAACAAGCCCUGAAAUGAGAAGGAAGUUGGUAAUACUUCAUUAAAAGUAUGAGAAACUUUGACCAGGUGUGGUGGCAUACUCAAGAGGU